UCCUGGAGUGGUGGACUUCCUGUCUCACAGUAUUUAAGGCUCAGACGUACAUGCUGUAUUGUCACUGGGUGUGCACCGUGAGUAUCUUUGAUUUGAUAGGCGCUACAAGACGAACGCCAGUUAAUCUAAUUGACCCACCAGGAGCACAACAGGAAAAUAUUAAGGCCCUUGAACUCGGGAAUGUGAAGAACCCUGCCAUCAACCUGUUCCUGCAACAACAAGCAUCGCCAAGGAUGGCUGGAGAAAACCUCUACAAUGUCACGGACGACGUCCCGUCCACUUGGAGCAUCGUUGAAACCGUCGUACAGUGGACAACGUUCUCCAUCGGCUUUCCUCUGAUCUGUCUGUCCAUUUAUGCCAUGUACUUCCUGAUCCGAGCUGAUCACAUCGCUCCGGUCUACGUUAUCAACCUUCUUAUUGCAGAUCUCGUUCAGAUCUGCAUGAGGCCGUUCAACCCGUCUGGUACCUGGAAAAUGAUUGUACUUUUGAUUGAUUUCUUUGGUAUCAGUGCAAGCAUUAGUUUCAUGGUAUGUGUUGCUCUGGAGAGAUAUCUUGUGAUUGCAUUUCCUCUCUGGUACCGUUUUCGUCGUAACAUCAAAUACUCGCUCAUAAUGUCCUCCUUUAUCUGGGUUAUCCCUUUCAUCCAAAUCUGCAUGUUGUACCUCACACCGACUUUCGAGAGGAAACUGAUUCUGUUUGCAGUUAACCUCCUCAUACCCUUUCCACUGCUCGUAUUCUUCCUCGUGGGCACGUUGAAAGCUCUGUCCGUCUCCAUCUCUGUGCCAGCUGUCGAACAGAGACGGAUUAUUGGUACCCUGGCCCUUGUGCUGGGCAAUUACACAGUCCUGUUCCUACCCCUCAUCAUACAAUAUCUGAUAUCAGGGGUAACAGGCCGAACAAAUGUAAAGAUCGGGACCCUCUUUGAGAGAUUCAGCCCCCUUGUGGAUCCCCUACUCUAUGUGUUCAUGAGAAAGGGAGCUAAGGACACUCUGGCCUUCCCCUGCUUCGGCAAGCUCAUGGGUGACGAGGAGCAGAGUCAGGUCACCAACACUAUGACCAUGACUGAUAGUGUAGUAGAAGGCUCCAGGUAGGACAGAUGCAGGGUAAUGGACUGUAUCUGUACGAUUCACUAUGUAUAACUCCUAUCAACUCUAACCACUAGGCUACCCUGCCUCCUCUACACUCUAACCACUAGGCUACCCUGCCUCCUCUACACUCUAACCACUAGGGUAAUGGACUGUAUCUGUACGAUUCACUAUGUAUAACUCCUAUCAACUCUAACCACUAGGCUACCCUGCCGCCUCUACACUCUAACCACUAGGCUACCCAGCCUCCUCUACACUAUAACCACUAGGCUACCCUGCCGCCUCUACACUCUAACCACUAAUGGACUGUAUCUGUACGAUUCACUAUGUAUAACUCCUAUCAACUCUAACCACUAGGCUACCCUGCCGCCUCUACACUCUAACCACUAAUGGACUGUAUCUGUACGAUUCACUAUGUAUAACUCCUAUCAACUCCUUGUUCAAAUUAUCGGAUCGAAACGAAGCUUUAACAGUGUUCUCUUCUUUGUUAAAAUUAUACCUUUACGGGCCUCCCGAGUGGCGCAGUGGUCUAAGGCGUCACUACAGACCCGGGUUUGAUUCCAGGCUGUGCCAUAACCGGCCGCGACCGGGAGUCCCAAGUUACCGGCACACAAUUUUCCCAGCAUUGUCCCGCUAGGGGAGGGUUUGGCCAGGGGGGGAUUUACUUGGCUCAUCGCGCUCUAGCGACUCCUUGUGGCGGCCCGGGCGCCUGCAGGCUGACUUCGGUUGCCAGUGGACGGUGUUUCCUCCGACACGUUGGUGCAGCUGGCUUCCGGGUUAAGCGUGCGGGUGUUAAGGUGUGCGGUUUGGCUGGUCAUGUUUCGGAGGAUGCAACCUUAGCUGCAACUCCCCAACGGGCUCGGGGGAGGCAAUGAGACAAGAUCGCAAUUGGAUAGCACGAAAUUGGGGAGGAAAAAGGGGGUUAAAAAAUGUAUUGUUUUAUUGUUGUAGUUAAAAUGUGAAGAGUACAUGCCUUGCUUUUUUAUAUAAAAUACAUGACAUACUGUAUUGUACACAGCCCUAUUCUGCAUUGCGCUAUCUGUGUUGGGCUUGUAUUGCAGCUUUUCAGAAAAAUAUGGACUUGUUUCCUUCAAUAAACUGAUAAUGUGGAUAUUUGA